UCCAGACUACAGUCCACCAUCACGCUUGGGAGGAGUCGUUUACCCUGGACACCCACCCACCUUCGGGCAACCCGCACCCAUCGACGAGCAGACCGAGCCCGUGGACUUCAGUUCCCCCAACGAGCCCGUGAACUUCUCGCUGCCCCGGCCCCUCGACUACCCUCCUCCUGCCCACCACGGCUGCCCGGCGCCAGAUCCUGGAUAUGCUUCCGACAGAGCGGCUCAUGAUUUCCGCAACAUGAAUGGCUACAACGCCAUGACAAGCCGACCGUAUGACGUCACGUCGGCCUAUAACACCGGUUACAUGGGCUACCAGGGCUACCAAGGAAGCUAUAUGGGUGCAGGGGGCUAUGGUGCGGCCAUGGGUCCAGUGGGACCAGACUACAUGUCUUCUGCAGCGUGUGGGACGCCGUACCAAUUGUCCCCGUCUCGCACUCAGCCUCCUCCAACUCCCCUGCCUGAGAGUGGCGUCCGCCCGUUUGCCCGCAGCAGCAGUCGCCGCGACGGCAAAGAGCUCAUCCAAUGCCCCACGCCGGGCUGUGAUGGCAUGGGCCACAUCACCGGCAACUAUGCCACCCACAGGAGCUUAUCGGGAUGUCCGCGCGCCGAUCGCUCCGCAAUCCAGCAUCAGACCCAGGAGCUGAAAUGCCCUACGCCGGGAUGCGAUGGAAGUGGUCACGUCACAGGCAACUACUCUUCACACCGCUCUCUCUCCGGAUGCCCAAGAGCAAACAAACCUAAACAUAAACCCAAAGACUCUCAAGACUCCGAACCUCUACGGUCGCUGUGGGAGAGCCCGACACCGUUUGCCACUCCGCCGACGUCCAAUUGCCCAGUGAUCGGGUGUGAUGGCUCUGGCCAUUCGUCCGGCAAGUUCAGCAGCCACAGAAGCGCUGCGGGUUGCCCUAUAGCUAACCGACAAAGAAUGACUCGCGACGGUAGAGGUCUUGGUGCCUCGACGGUCUCAACUGGAGUUACAAACCCAGCCACGUUGCUGGCCGCGGCGGCAGUGGCUGUAUCCUACGGAUCUGUGGACGUCAUGCAUCAACAGCAGCAGUCCUCGCUUUUUGCUGCUGCCGCUGCAUCCCCUCUUCUGCAAUCCAUGCAGUCACAAAACAAGCGCAUCAAACUCGAAGAAAAUUCGUUGUUAUCGACCAAAAAUGAAGACGUGCGCCCCAUUGGUUCGGACUCGGGGACCUCGGAGUGCCCACCGGAGCAGACCGCGAACGGGCCUUCCCUGGGGCACCUCGCUCGGAGCUCACCCCAUGACGGCUCCUGUACGGGAGCCUCCCUAACACCAGGACAGAAGGUAGCGGCUGGAACUGGUGAGGGGGACUCCCGUGCAGUUAAAGAUCACGUUAAACAACCUGGCGCAGAUUCUUCACUAACAUCUUCAUCUGGCGGAACUUCAUCCUUUACUUCUGCCCCGACAACCGUCACUUCGUCACUAACCUCUGCUUCUUAUGCAGCCACUUUUCAACAAUCACCAUCGUCUUUCACUCCUGUAACCCCGCAAUCAGGCGGCAUCUUCCCAUCGUAUUCAUGCGCGCAUCCUCAGCAGCCACCACCGUCACUGACUGAUGCUUAUCCAAACUCCAAUCAUUUCGACUCUUAUUUAUCUAAAAUUCAUUCACUAUACACCGACACCUUCCCAGAGGAUGCUUCAUCCAUGAACUUGUAUAACUCUGUGCGACCUGGUUUACACGACUCUUCCCUUACUUCAACUCCACUGUGCGCUGCCAAAACUAGUUAUGGUUGGUAGACGAGCAUCGCGGUCUCCAAAUCAAGAAACCGAUGCUCUUGUCAAUCAGUUCAGAAAUAAUUGUAAACAAAUAAAAACAACGUUUCAGCGACCUUAACCACAUCGAGAGAUGAUCCUGCUGCUCGUUAUUAAUUACCUUAGUUUUGCGGGUGAUUCCUCAUAAUCAACGAUCCCAAAUAUGAUAUAAACUUGUGUUUAUUUAUAUUCGUGAGACACAAUUUUGAAUGAAAAUAUAAGCCUUAUGAACGACUGGUCUGGAAAUGGAUCGAUUAAUCAGCAGAUCUAGCCUUUAAUUGACUAGUCGCGUCAACUCAUUCCUUCAUGGGAAGUUCCCUUAAAAUUUGAUGUAAUUAACAGAUCUAAAUUAACGUCAAAAUGGUGAAAAUAGAAUAAUAAAUAACAUGAAAUAAUUCAUGUUCAGAAAUUAGGAUAUAAUUUAUUAGUCAAAUGAACGAAGAAGACGAGCGAGUCCUCGUCAAGAAUAGUCCCAAGAAGUUGUUAUUACUCGCGGCCAGCUGGAAGAACAUUCGAUUGUACGAAGGUGUGUUCUGCGUUGCUGCUGACUUCUUUAAAACCAUAUCAUGACAUUGCGAGUGACGCGUUUGUGCUCUUCAAAGGAAGAAGUGCUAUUAUGCUUAAUUUUGUUUAUAUUAAUUACAGAAGCUGACUGUGGCAAUUUAAGAAAGCUUUAUUUCGUUGCAUACUUAAUAUCUAUGCGAUGUCCUUGUAAUAAUAAUAACUAUUCAGCUCGUUGUCGCUACAAAUGGAGGGAAAGCAUCAACUUUAAAAUAUAAAGUUAGUUCAUAAUCUAACAUAGACGGUACAACCUUUUAUGACCAAAGCUAGAGGAAUGAAAGUAGUUUUUAAUCGAGUCCUUUGGUGCGCUAGAUUAUAUUGUUGAUUGUUUGUAUGAGUUAUUUGCUAUUACUCUUUCCUGCGUUUCGUUAUUUAUUGAUGAUGUUCAUUGUUUGACCCGUUUAUUAUGCAUUAUAUUUUGUUAGUUAAUGUAAUAGGUGAUGAUUCUCAGCAGAAAAUACAAUCUACAGCCUACUCCUCCUUCUCGAACUUGAUAUUCGCACUGAUUUGGCUUGACAAUCACAGCUUGUGCAUCUCGUAACUAGGCUGGCCCAUUCCCCGAGGCAAGUCGAGCUGACAUCGCUAGGCCCUGGCCGAGAGUGAAGGUUGUUGGAGGAAGUGGCAACCGUAUUUGCCACUAUGUUGAGUCUAAUUUAGUAUUAUUUUCCAAUGAAUUGGAGUGCGGUAGCGUGUUUGUUAGUACAAUGCUGUACAUUUGUGCUUGCACACAAUUAUUGUACAGAAAACACCUCAUCAACUGCUGAAUGUACAGAGAUAGAAGCAUAAUUAACGAUACAUGUUAUGUAUCAACAUCAUUAACAGGGUGGUAGUAACCUAUUUAGUUAGCUUGUACCUUUGUCAUAUUACGGUUCCUUCUGGUGAGGGCUGAGUGACCCAUUAAAUAUGAUGAAAACUGAAUAUUUAUUGCUAAAUUCUACUAAAGGGGAGCUAAUUCGAUUUAUAGAAUUUCAUUACAAACUCUGUCAUUUGUGGCAGGAACGUAGGGAGAUUUAUUUUCAGGGGAAGAAAAAUUCGUUUACUUCUAGCGAGUUUAACUUCUGUUUGACUUAAAAAUUUGUCCCGUUAAUUUUAAAAUUAAAGCGAAAUUGAGGCAAUUGCAGAAAUUUGGCGGGAUUUUUCAUUUGAUCGACAGCGUGUAGGUGAAGCAAGAUUAUAAGCCUCGACAUGAACCUAUCAUGGCAUGAUCUCUUCGUUUCACCCUUAAUGCUGACGAUUAUUUUUGUGUAGAUGUGCUCUUAAUUUUCCUCAAUAAAUAAUUAUGUCGGAUUAAGCAUCUAUAAGUACUGAAACUGACUUGCUGAAGCAAAUAAAUCUGUUUAUGGUGGCCACCGUUCAUAUUUGGCUAAUAUAUAAGAAAGUGCAGUGUUGGUAUCCUCGUAAAUUGUACUGAACUCCCGAGUAUCUCUAAGACUGCUAUAUUAGUUGUUUGUGUUGGUGUUUGUGUACAUAAAGCGUAUAACCUUCUAAUAUCAUCCUAGAUGUGUUGUCUAUAAUUAUAAUUAUUGUUUGCCUGGAAAAAUUUUGCUUCUUGAAUGAACAUAGCUUUUGGUUAAAAGAUGCUGUCGCUCGGUUUUUUGUCAACAGGAUGUGUACACAAAGUCCAUUUUAUUUACGUUGCCAAUGACUUAUAUUGUCCCGUUCAACAUGCGAUCUCGAAAUCCUGUGCUAACUCUUCACGAGUUUACCACAGAAUACAUUCUUUUUGUGCGGACGAUCGUCGGGGCAAACUAAAAUAUUUUUCAUACUUUCACCUGACUUUUCAAACUGUUCUUGAUUUCAUUAAAAUUUAAAUGCAACUUGUCAUCAAAGGACAGUUAACGAUAUGCUUAGAGUACGGCUUCAUAGCAACGCAAUCAUGCGAAAUUUCAAAAGGGGACAUUCAAAUAAUUCUUUAUUCCAUAUGGUGUUUUUGCCUUGAAUAUAUCAUAAACAUAUUAAAUUCAACAACUCUUCUGAAGAAUUGGCCUUUUAAGAAAUAAAAAAGAAACUGUAAAGUAUCCUACAUGACGUCAACGUAUCAACAGAUUAGUAUCCUCAACCUUGUUCUUCGACAGUCAUACGCGAAAAAUAUCAUCUCGAGCGUGUGUAAAUUUGUAUGAAUGUAUCUUCUUAUUGAAUGUAUACUAAACCGUCAUUUCAAUUACA